AUGGGUAUGAAAUCGACCGAACUUGGGUAUGAAUGGACUUGGGUAUGAAUUGUCAUGGGUACAAAACAGCCGUAAACUCAUUUUAUAUUCAAUGCAAAUCAUGAACGUUUGGGGCUGUGUAGAGAUGAUAAUUUAUGUACACAGUAUGUGUACUUCUGAAAAUUUUUUGUUGUCUUACUCUAGGCUGAGUGCACCAAAAACCAAGACUGUGGCGACAAAAAGUUCUGCAGCAAAUUCAGACUUCAGUGUCAACAAUGCAUCGAUGGCUCAGGAUGUUUCAGCAGUGAUCAGUGUUGUGGAGAUAAAGUCUGCAAGCUUGGCUGGUGCAAGUCUGAACCAAGUAAAUAUCAGUAGUUAGUAUACAAUGUACCACACAAUGUGAUCGAAAAGUGCUUUUUGUGAAUGUUGAUUGGUUAAGCCAGGGGUGAUUAGCCAGGUUCUAUUCACCUCAUGCAGCCAGUACACAGGAAAUUAAGUUUUCUGAGCAUUUGAUAAAUAAAUUAAAGUACUUUGUUAGUCCAUUCAGUUGUUCAGCUUGUGCAAAGGGGUAAAAUCUUUAUAAUAAAACAAAAACAAUAUUAUUUUUCAUCUCAGUAUUAGUGAAAGUGAUAGUAACCAGUGAGCAGAGGUUUCUUCCCAGCAUGGCUUUUAGAAUUAACAAAGUUGUAUGUGUCACUGUCAGCCGUGUAGUUGGUUUUUUAAUGCCUCAUUAAGUGGUAGAUAUUUACCUCACUGCUUUGUGGUUUGUAGUUGAAUGAUAAUUUUGUCAUGCACUCAAGACUACAAUUGUCUAGGGCUAUAGUCAUUUUAGGUCUCGUCUUACAACUUUUGACUUUCUUCACUGCAGAUUUUUUUGAAUUUAGCAAUGUUAUUAUUUGUUUUAUAAUCAUGUUUUUAGAGCGCACUGGCCUUGCCAAGUCCCCGUGUGAUGAUGACAGCCAAUGCAAUGCAGGUCUGUUCUGUUCAUACAAUGUAUUUGAUGGUGGAAAGUGUGAAAAACUUAGAAAGGAGGGAGAAUCAUGCACCAUGGGAAUAUUUGACAGACGCCGCCCUAGAUGCAUGGAAGGUCUGAGUUGCAAACGAACAAGGUAGGUACACAUAGAUCAAGUUUUUAGAAGCGCAGUUAGCCUAAAUCCUGGGUUAACCCUGAGAGAGCUAAUAUAUUGCUCCACAAAGCUGCAAAGUUUUGCAGAUGUGUCUAUGGUGGGGACAUCAACUUGCCCCCAAUCAUACAAACGUCUGUAAAAUUCCACGAUUUUGCGGAGCUAUAUCUUUCAAGUUUUCAUCAAACCAGUUUCAAACUUGGUAACUUAACUGAUUUUGUGGGUUUAUUUCCAGCCAUGUUGACUUAUUUUUGCUAUGGUUCCAGUCAAAAGUUGAAUAAACUGGGGAAGGGUCUUUUCUUUUAAGGAUUAUAAUACUUUGUUUAUCUUCUGUAGUGGUUUUGCAGUAUUCUUCAAAUACAAGUGUUUGAAGGAGGGCAGUGUGGAGGAUACAUCACCCGCUGAGUCAUCAUUUGAUUGGUUCAACAACUGGAAGAAAUAGACUCCAGCCGAAGCGUCUUGAAAGACAGCUCAUUAAUUUAACAGAAAAUACUUUAUACUCCAGCAAGAGCGUCUUCAAAGAAAGCUCAUUAAUUUAGCAGAAAAUUCAUUAAAGUGUAUAGGAUACCUGUAGAUUUUUGAGUUUUAUUUAAGAGAACAUUAUAUACUUAAUGUCAGAUCCGGAGGGAAACAGUUAGUUUUGUUUUCCCGAGAGUCAGGGGUUGAGGGAAAAAAAAACAUCUUUUACCUUUUAAAAAAUUAUGGCCUCUCUAAGAGUAAGAUGUAAAAUUUGUCUUGUCAUCUCCAUCACGUUUAGAGGCAGCCGAUAAUUUUGAAAACUGGUGAACUGUAAGAUUAAGAUAAGGAUUUUUGCGUAUUUGUGUGUAGAAUACAACAAUAAAAUCAGAAACUCCUCACUAGUGUGUGAAAAGAAAUUAAAGUUGAGCCUCUUUGAGUCUCUUUUUUACUGAAAAUAGAGUCCUGAACAAUGUCGCGUGCUUUNCUUUUAAGGAUUAUAAUACUUUGUUUAUCUUCUGUAGUGGUUUUGCAGUAUUCUUCAAAUACAAGUGUUUGAAGGAGGGCAGUGUGGAGGAUACAUCACCCGCUGAGUCAUCAUUUGAUUGGUUCAACAACUGGAAGAAAUAG